AUGGUCGACGUUCCCUUGACCCCAUCUCCUCAGAAGGAGGCUGGCCGCACCCCCGAGAAAGGCAAACCAAAGAAGCUUGACCUGAUCUCUGUCUCGAAUGGGCCAAGGCUGGCAUCACCCCUCCCGUCCCCUACCGACACGAAGCGACCCGCCUCGCUAAGACAGCCCCAGCCGACAGACGUUCCAGCAGACGACAAGGGUUCGGAAAGAAAACAACAGUCGAAAGAGACCGAAGGUAUUGCCUCGAGUAAGGGGAAUGUGCGUGCGACUUCGACACAACGUGGCUCUCCGACGGAGCGCCCGUCCAUAAGCACCCAACCACCGAACAGGGCCACUGAUAACAUGGCAUCGUCGGUGAACCACCACAGGCACCAAUCGUCUAUUCCCGGAAUGUCCCCUCCGUCUCGUGCACCGAGUGUCCAGUUCCGAGAUACGGAUAAUGAGGCCCCUGAUGCGCCCGCAUCACGGGGACCAUCCCGACCCUCAUCCUUGUGUGGAGAUGAUGGAGAACAACAUCGGGGAAGAUCAUUCAUGACUAGAUUGAAGUCGCUGGCUGCAUCUCCGCCGUUUGCAUCUCAUUCACGGUCUGCGAGCGGAGCGACGAUUGCUGACUUCCGGCCAGCCCCAGCCGACGCGGCGACUCCAGGCUCUGAACGGGGUGAAUUUCGCUUCCCCGAACCUCUAACGGAGGAGGGAAGUGACGCCGAUGCGGAUGCCGAGGAGAGCGGUGGUGAACAGCAGCGUGAACGUCCCAAGAAGAAGAGAAUCCUGCGACGUCGACAACAGACUGACGAGGAAGUCGGAAAUCGGACGGCUCCUACGACCCCCAAGACCACACGUCGCCCGUCUUUCCAUUUCGCCUCGUCUUUUGCUCCUUUCGAGAACUAUCGGACCAACCUCUUCCCUCGCAGAGCUAGCACUACAGACUUCACGCCUCAACCGCGAGAAGGCGUGUCCGAGGACGAGGGUCGUGCUCAGCUCACUCGGCGGAAGAGAAUUGCGUUGGCAUCUCGCGGGUUCACCUAUAGUGGAAGGCAGCCACAAGAUGGCACCCAAGACGAGCAACGACCGAGCCAGUUGCGGCGGCUGACUGGUCUUGGUGGGCCAUCGGAGAAUAACGAGAGUCUUGCUGCCACCUGGAGACGCCAUCGAAACGAACGAGGCACCGGCACCAGUGCUAGUGCCCAACGCUGGAAGCAAAUUAAAGCCGGCCUCAAGCUGAUCGGCCAACGGCGCAAGCCAGACAACACGGUGGACAACAAGAAAUCAGCAGAGCUGCUUGCUGAGCUGGCCUCCGCCGUACCCGCCGCGCUGAUUUUGGCCAGUGCUUUCCAACGAGAUGAACACGGAAGCAAACGAAUCCCGAUUCUCUUGGAGCAGCUGAAGGUUCGGGUCACAGAUAGCCGCAUUGACGCCCACUCGGGCGACCGUCACCUUGUAUUUCGCAUUGAGCUCGAGUACGGAAGUGGUAUGACACGAAUGAAGUGGAUCAUUUUCCGAACUUUGAGAGAUUUUGCCAACCUGCACCUGAAGUACAAGCUCCAUCUCGGAACCCAAAAGUACAUUCAGCUACGGACGAGCGAGAACAGCCCUAGUCUCCCUCGGUUCCCUCGAAGUGCUUUUCCUUACAUGCGGGGUGUUCGUGGUCUGGAAAGCGAUUUUGAAGAUGAGGAAGAUGAUGGGGGGUACGAGACUGGCCCUGAGGCCAUGAGUGGCACCGAAAGGGCAGGGAGGAAGAAGGGCAAGAACCCUCAGCAUCAGCGCCGACCUUCUCAAGGUAUUACUCGCAGAAAAUCUAGCAUCACAAACCAGGACGGCGAGCCGGCUGCGGCGCCUUCAUCCACCCAUGAAGGUGUCGGUGGCAGAAGAGAGACGUACCCUGAACGGCAGCGGAAGAAGCUCGAGCUCUAUCUGCAGAAGAUGAUCCGUUUCUUGAUCUUCCGAGCCGACAGCAACCGCUUGUGCAAGUUCCUCGAGCUGUCUGCACUUGGAGUUCGCCUUGCAUCCGAAGGGAGCUAUCACGGUAAAGAAGGCUUCCUAAUCAUUCAAUCCUCCAAGGGUCUUGACUUCCGUCGUGCUCUCACACCUGGACUGAUCAAGAAGCGGCAUUGGCCCAAGUGGUUCCUCGUUCGUCACAGCUACGUGGUUUGUGUGGAUUCCCCUGAGGAGAUGAAUAUCUACGACGUCUUCUUGAUCGACGCUUACUUCAAGAUGCAAACGCAAAAAAUUAGCCUCCGCCACCAAAAAGCGAAGGAACUGGCUAAGUCGGCAAAGGAUUCCGCCAGACACCCCCAGCAUCAUACUCUCCGCCUAGAGAACUCCGAGCGCAAGUUGAAGUUGUUGGCCCGUAACGAACGUCAGCUUCAGCAGUUCGAAGAUUCGAUUCGGUUUAUGGCCGCAAACACUCCGUGGAUGCAGCCCAACCGGUUUGACAGUUUUGCCCCCGUGCGUCAGAAGUGUUUUGCGCAGUGGCUAGUUGAUGCUCGAGACCACAUGUGGGUUGUGUCAAGAGCCAUUAACCAGGCGAAGGAUGUGAUUUACAUCCACGACUGGUGGCUGAGUCCGGAGCUCUACAUGCGGCGCCCGGCCGCCAUCAGCCAAAAGUGGCGUUUGGAUCGUCUCUUGCAGAACAAAGCCCGCGAAGGUGUCAAGGUCUUUGUGAUCAUGUACCGGAACAUUAACUCUGCUAUCCCCAUCGACUCAGAAUACUCCAAAUUCUCCCUCCUUGAGCUCCAUCCCAACAUCUUCGUCCAGAGAUCCCCGAACCAAUUCCGGCAGAACACCUUCUUCUGGGCCCAUCACGAGAAGCUCUGUCUCAUUGAUCAUACGAUUGCUUUUGUGGGAGGUAUUGAUCUGUGCUUUGGGCGUUGGGAUACACCCCAGCAUGCACUGACCGAUGAUAAGCCCACCGGCUUUGAAACAACCGACAUGCCCAAGGACGCGGACCACUGCCAGCUCUGGCCUGGAAAAGAUUAUUCGAACCCCCGUAUUCAGGAUUUCUAUGACCUGGAUAAACCAUACGAGGAGAUGUAUGAUCGCAAUGUCGUGCCCCGAAUGCCCUGGCAUGAUAUUUCGAUGCAUGUCGUCGGCCAACCUGCACGAGAUCUGACUCGCCACUUCGUCCAGCGUUGGAACUAUAUUCUUCGCCAGCGGAAGCCAACACGACCAACUCCAUUCCUUUUGCCUCCCCCGGACUUCAACCCGGCUGACCUGGAGGCUCUCGGCUUAGAUGGAACCUGUGAGGUGCAGAUCUUGCGCUCCAGCAGUAUGUGGUCGACUGGUACACCGGAUGUCACGGAACACAGUAUCAUGAACGCCUACGUCAAGAUGAUUGAAGAGUCUGAUCAUUUCGUCUACAUCGAAAACCAGUUCUUCAUCAGUACUUGCGAAAUCGAAGGCAGAAAGAUUGAGAACCAGAUUGGCGAUGCCCUGGUUGAACGAAUUGUCCGAGCAGCCAAGAACGAAGAGGCAUGGCGGGCUGUCAUUGUUAUCCCAUUGAUGCCGGGCUUCCAGAACACCGUGGAUAGCGAGGGUGGAACCAGCGUGCGUCUUAUCAUGCAGUGCCAAUACCGCAGUAUCUGCCGUGGUGAGACAUCUAUCUUUGGGCGUCUUCGUGCGCUUGGCAUUGAGCCUGAAGACUAUAUCCAGUUCUUCAGCUUGCGAGCUUGGGGCAAGAUUGGUCCCCAGAAGCAGUUGGUGACCGAGCAGUUGUACAUCCAUGCGAAGUGCAUGGUUGUCGAUGAUCGCGCUGCCAUCAUUGGAUCAGCCAACAUCAACGAACGAUCCAUGUUGGGAUCGCGUGAUUCAGAGGUUGCUGCGAUUGUUCGAGAUACUGACAUGAUCUCAUCUACCAUGAAUGGCAAGCCUUAUCUUGUUGGACGAUUCCCACACACACUUCGCAUGCGCUUGAUGCGGGAGCAUCUCGGAAUUGACGUCGACGAGCUCCUGGAGCACGACUUGACUACCGAAGAAGAACUACGCAAGAUUCAAGUCGUUGAAGAAGAAGGUGCCCAGCCGUCUAAUGGGCGAGAGCGUCGCGAGUCAGAAUCAUCAGUGAUCGAACGACAGGAUGAACGUGAGAUGAUGGAACGCCGUCACCGCGUUCAAGACGAAUUCCUGUCUCGCUCGGAACAUAUGCACAGCUUCAACCACGACGUGGACUGGGAGCAAGGUAAAAAUCCUAAUCUGAAGAGCAACCGCCGCCUCACUGCCGACCCGCGCGUUACGGACAACCCUGAUCACAGGAAAGACGUCGACGGUCAUGGCGUCGACCGCUUGAUCGAUGCCGAGCAAGCUGGUCUGGCAGUUGGUCGUGACUCGCAGGUGACACCAGAUGGACGAGAAUCUCUCGUCUCGCCGGUUUCGUCCGAGGGCAAGGGUACCAUCGACCAGCCCAAGCAUGCGUCGGAGCGAAAGCCUUCUCGGGCGACUUCCACACGCAAGAGCAAAAAGCAAGGCUGCUCAGCGGAAACAGCUCGCGAUUCUGAAGGCAAUACCAACUCCGAUACCCCGUCGCAGGGAUAUAACGCCUCUGGUUCAUCAAGCCGCGAUUCUGAAACCGGCAGCGGCGGUUUAUAUGUGUCCAAGGAAAGCUACGACAACUCCAGAUACGGCCAUCCCCUGAUGCCUGAUUUGAAGCGUAUUUUCAUUGAUAAGGACUGCAUGAAGGACCCGCUCAAUGAUGCCUUCUACCUGGAUACAUGGCAAGCUCUAGCCGAAAAGAACACAAAGGUUUACCGUUCUGUCUUCCGGUGCAUGCCCGACAGCGAGGUCAAGAACUGGAAGGAGUACAAGGAGUAUGCGGCAUACGGAGAGCGCUUUGCCGAGAUGCAGAGCCAGCAGACCGGCAGACCGGCCCCCCCACCUAACGUGAAACAAAACGGUGCCUCUGGUGCCUGUGGGCUCGCCUCGCCAACAUCACCCGUAAGCCCUAAGUCUGAAGGGCCGGCAGUUGAGCCGAAGAUUUCGCACACGAUUGAUGAGAAGGCUGCACUUGUGAUGACCGAUGCCAACGGCACCAAGAACGAACUUGCGAAGCAGGAAACCCCGUCGUCUAAUGACGAGAAGGCUGCUCUGAAGAGAGCGUCAGACCCUCACUUGCUGAGCACCGUGCAGAACGAGGAAAGUCUUACUGGGGAGGACGCAGAGCAGGUACGGUCCGCGUCAGCCCAUGUCGAUUACUCCGAGGCUGUGAACCUGAAUGCAUCCCAGUCUCGCAGGCGCAGAAGACGGGCUACCACAAUCAGUUCCAAGCGGGAGUUCCAUGCUUCAGAUGAAAUGAUGGACAAGCAAUGCGCAGAGGACCUUCUGAACAAGGUUCAGGGCCAUCUCAUUCUCUGGCCAUAUGACUGGCUUGAGAAGGAAGAGCAAGGCGGGAACUGGCUGUAUGCCUUGGACCAGAUCUCGCCGCUGGAAAUUUACAAUUAA